AUGGGGUUCAUGCUGCGGGUGAGGCUGGCCUCCUUCUUCGCGGGCGCGGCCGCCGCGGCGGCCGGCGGCAGCUACUUCCUCUACAAGGACUACAAGCUCGCCCACGACUCCACGGCCCUCAAGGUGAAAGGUCUCCACGACCAUGUGGACGCCCGUUACAAGGCUCUCGACAAGCGACUUGCAGCUCUGGAAGCCCAGAAAAGCACCGACUCCUCUCCGGCUGUGGACGCGCCAUCGGGCUAG